GAGAUACUAGCAGGAAACCGGAAAUGUUAAAGUUCCUCAGAGACAAGAAGGAGAGCAAGGCAAAACAAUGGCAUUAUGCAUAUUUUAAGAGAAGUAACAUGUGGAGGCAGAGUGACUGGAGCCUGUACUUUUUCUUGACCCUGAUUGCUGUGUUUCCUGUUUUGGCACUUUCACAAGAGGGAAGUGAAAACAAUACAUCACCACAUUAUGGAUUAGCACCUCUUGGAAUGUCCAGUGAUGGCAAUGACUCAUCACAGUCUGACAACGGGAAUUCUACUCUCAGACUGCUCACAACAUAUUACCAGACAUCUCAACAGAAAAGGCCAUCUAGGACAUCUGGGCAGAGGAAUCCAUAUCGAUCUACAGCAACUUCUUCUCUUUUUCUGCUUCAGACAAGUCGACCAGCUUCAAAUCUGACAAAUAAUUCGACCAGCUUGGAUUCACCAGACCUACUUCUUAUUAUCGUAGUAUGUGCAAGUGCUGUAGCGGCGGUCGCUAUAAUGACAGGGAUCAUUUUGUGCAUACAGCACCACAAGAAACAAAAGUUCAAAAAUGAGGAGGAGGAAGAGACUACCACUGAAAACAUUAAAAGUCCAAUUUUUGAGGAAGACACGCCAUCAGUAAUGGAAGUAGAAAUGGAUGACCUGGACAAAUGGGAAGCCAUGAAAAGAAAUUCCCAACAUGAGUUGCUGUCUACAGUUGAAGAAGAAGAAAAACAGCUGGAUGCUGACCAAAGUGAAUCAUAAGACAGUUGUGUUCUUCUAAUGCAAGUCAUCUUCUGCUUCACAAAUAUGAAAUAAAGAUUAAAGCAAGAAAAGUGAAUACGGAUAGCAACCUGUAUGCAUUUGAGAUAUUCUCUGGAAUUUCACAGGAUAUCUAAGUGACUGAUAAAGAAUGAAGAACAAACUAUUUCUUCUUUUAUAGUUCAAGAUUUUCAGUUAUCAUAAUGCAUGGAACGCUUUCCAAAAUGUGAGCUUUCACACAGUUUGUGGAAGAAAGUGGACUUCCCCCUCAUGAAGAGGUUAUCAGAAGCCGUUCUUUCAAAAAGCUACUUUUCCUGCCAAAGCACAAUGAAUGAACAUUCAUUUUGGUGUGCAGAAACUGCCUUUCCUUUUUUGAGAUGCUUCCCCAUUUAUUCCCUCUUUCCAUCAUGUGUUUUGUUUUUAGGUACAGAAAUCAGUGACAUAGACAGUUGAAAUGUAUUUGUUGUAGAAUAUAACUUGAGCAGUGAGCACAUGAAAUUGUAUACUGUUUAUAUGUGUUUAUCUAAUUUGUUUCAUAAUCUCAGGGUAAGGUAAAAGCUGAACCAACAUUUCAUUAUAUUGUAUAAGCAUUGUUUCCUUUGUGCACAAGGGACUAUAGUUUAAAGUAUGUAUGGCAAUUCAGUACAUUUUGUUACUAAAACAAUUCCUUAAGUAACCAUCA